CUCACAGAGCAGACAGCCUGAGAAACUUCACUGUUGUGCUUCUGCUGCUCAUCGUUCAUGUGUCGGACUCUUUGGAGCAGAGAAAUGAGACUGAAGAUCAGCAGACACUGAGACGACAUGGACAAACAGAAAGUGUUGGCCAAGCUGAUCUGGGACCUGCCGUCCUUCCUGUCUGUUCUGGACUCAGAGAACUUGAGUUACAUCGCUCAGGCUCAGAAGAAAUCCAUCUCAGAGCUGCUGUCCAAACUGCAAACCAAUGACACUCCUGUGUCUGUUGUGUCUCUAGUGGAAGAUGCUGAGUACAUGAUCAUGAGCUGUCCGUCAUCGUCUCCUAGCAACGAGCUGUCAGACACACCUGGAACAGACGGAGUCCGGUCCUCUAAGCUGCUCUUAAAUCAGGACUCACCUGUGUGGCUGACAAACGGGGAAACAACAACCUCCAAGCUAACAGCCUACGCGCUGAAAAUGGGCCCUGUGGUGCCGCCGCUCCCUCCAGGCGGCCUCGGAGGUGAUGAUGAUGAAGAUACCUACGAGGAGGCAGAACCGUACCUACCUGACACGACCACGACUAACACUGAGAAGGCGGAGUCAGACAGCAGUCACUAUGAGUCAUAUGGGGAGGAUGAUGAUGAUGAGGAGGAGUCUGUGAAGGACAGAGCUCACUACAUCCAGUGGAGCGCCUCCCAGCCCUGCCUGAGACCCAUCCCCGAGUCCCGCCUGUGUGGUUACCUGUGGAAGAGGAAGUGGCUCGGACAGUGGACCAAACAGCUGUUCAUCAUCAGGAGCAACGUGCUGCUGUGUUAUAAGUGUGCUCAGGACCUGCUCCCUCAGCUGGAGAUCAACCUGCGCGGCUGUCAGCUCGUCUACAAGUCAAAGAGCAACAGAAAGAUCCAGCACCAGCUCAAACUGGUGUUACUGGGAUCAGAGACACUGGUGCUGGGCUACAGCAGCUUCCAGCAGGCCGACGAGUGGAGGAAGGUGAUAGAGGAGGUGAGUGUUGGAGCUGAGGUGGAGAGUCGGAGCUCGUUGUCUCUGGUCAGAUCAGACCAGCUGCUGUCCUGCAGGUCCAGUACAGUCCAGAGUGACUCUGAGGAGGAGAAACCUUCAGCUCACUGCAGCCUCAGCAAAGACAAAGGUGUGCUGAGCGUGCUGAUGAACUGUCAGUGGCAGAGUUUACUGUGUCAGGUGGAGGCGGGGCUCCUCAACAUGUUCGGAGAGGAGGAGGAGGAGGAGGAGGAGGAAGAGGAGGAAGAGGUGAAGAGGUCGCCUCAGUACACCAUCCAGCUCAGAGGCUGUGAGGUCAGAGCCGGGCCCGACACCAACCACUCCUACAGGAUCACACUGAGCAUGCUCGGUGACCAGGUGGCCGUGCUGGAGGUGAGUAGUUCAGGUGAGAAGGAGCGAUGGUUGAAGCUGCUGCAGGACGGAGCUGCCCAUCACAGUCACCAUGACAACAGCACACAGGAGCUCACAGGUGGAGCUCUCAGUGGGCUGCAGACUCGAAGGUUCCCCACCUCCAACACCUACAUGGACGACCCGUUCCACCUGAGUGGGACCGGCCGAGACCAGCCCGUCUACUCCAACACCUCCAUCCUGGAGCACAUGCUCCAGAGCUCUCAGGACUCUCGCUGCAGCUCGGUGUCGUCCAGAGACUCAGUGACCUACAGCAACACCGUCUUCACCAGCCACAACAGGAAGUCUGUGGAGGUGGAGCGAAGCGUUCAGAAGCUGGAGCUGACGGGAAAGAGGACAGUGCAGCUGAGGGCGGGGUCAGAGAUCAACCUAGCGUCUGCUGGGAAGCAAAACAAACGCACCUUCAGACAGUCGCUGGCCGUCUGCAGUGAGCGCGCUCAGGCUGGUUUCCUGAACCCUCUGCUGCGACGGACGGCCUCGGCUAAAAACUCUCUGAGACGAGCUCCUUCAUCACUCUUCAUUGAACACGGGAAGGUUUUCCAGAGGAGGAAGGAAUGGGAAACUAAAGCUGCUGCUUGACACUAACUGACCAUCAUCAUCAUCAUCAUCACCAUCAUCAUCACCACCAUCACCACCAUCAUCAUCAUCACAUCUACAGUCUACAAACUCUUCUCCUCUCAGCUGAAGAACCUUCUGUAAUCUAACGUGGAUUUAAAGUACCAAACUUAAAGUGGCAUCACUGUUGGCGUCUCUGUCACAAAGACAAACUGGAUCUCUCUCUCUGUGUUUGUCAGAGUUGCAGCUUCCACCAACACAGGAAACACUGCAGUUUAUUUUCCACUGUUACUGCAGUUGUUCCACUAACCGUCAUUUCCUCCUCUGGGGGCAGUAACUUUGGAUAGCUACUGAUAGCAAGCAAGGAAAACUAAAGUGUUAUCCUCUUCCUGUUUUGGUUGCACAGUGGUUGAUUUCCACUUUAAUAUGUGCACCCUAACAUAACACUGAUGCAGCCUUUGCCCACUGCAUGGAUAUUUUCUCUUUGCUGUUGUAAACACUCGAUGUUUGAAGAACCCGAAGCAACAAACAACAGAUGAACCUGUGAGGAGGACAAGCAGCUGACGGGGAACGUCAGUUUAUUAGAGUCUGUUGGAUUAGUGCCAAGUGAUGACCUCAUAUCACCAUAUGUCACCAAAAUCAGAUCCUGUAGAUCAUCACUUUAAAGUUUAAUUCAACCUUCCUGCAUUGAAAGUGUAUUUAUAAAGCACAUUUCAGCAGCAAGGUAGUUCAGACUGCUUGUAAUAAAACAUCAAAAGCCAAAGCUCCUCUUUGGCUUCAAAAACAAUGACCUCAGUUUGUUUAGAUGAAGAAAAUUGUGGCACAUCCAGUUUGUGAUUUGUCCAGGUCAUAACGGACCAUAGUCCCCCUGAUGAUGUGUCAAUGUGUGUCAUCUGCAUAAUCAUGGUGACAUAUUUUAUUGUUUUUUUAUAGACCCUUUUACUGUUAGUAAACGGUAUGAUGUUUAUUGGUGGGCGGGGCUUAGCUGGAGGCAAAACAGUUCU